AUGGUCAUCGACAUCGAGAAGGUCGCGGCACCUCAGCCGGUUGAACCCCUCAUUAAGGUGACGUCCAUCUCCGCCCCCUCGGCCAGGUCCUCCGUCGAUAUUGUUCAGCCGGGCAUCAAUCAUGCUAGCAAGUUCACCUUGGAUGAAAACGAAAUGAUGGGGUUGGAUGGAAAUGCGGGCACUCGCGAGAGCCUGGGUUGUAUGUACGAGCGUAUCUGGAGCUUCAAAGCUCUCCUCCGCUGGGCUCGACACUUUAUUCCGGUAGCCGCCCUCUUGGGCAUCCCGGUCGGGCUACUCGCGACCGUCUAUGCGGACCGUCGUGCCGAUGGGGUCAGGCUCCUUGGCCUCUUCGUCUGGCUCGAGGUUGUUUGGGGAAGCUUAUGGCUUACAAAGUUGAUCGCGAUGCUCAUGCCGACGGCAUACGUCUUCGUCUGCGGCAUCGUCAACUCCGGCACCCGAAAGUACCACCCCAUCGUCCGAAAGAUCGAGACCUCCAUCUCGCUCGUCCUCUGGACCAUCAUCGCCUACGCAACCACCGUGCCUGUCUGCAUGGCAUUCGACUCUCAACUAGCGCCACCCAAAUGGUUGUUGAUCUUGCAAAAGGUCGCUCUGGCCUCCAUCGCCGUGGCGGGCAUGCUCCUCAUCCAGCGUUUCGUCAUCCAGCUCAUCAACAUCACAUACUCGGCAACGCAGUUCACAACUCGCAUCGCGGAAUCGAAGCGCCGGAUUGCCAUGCUUGACACGCUCUACGCAUCGUCGACGCGCAUGUACCCGCCCUUCUGCGACCGGUUCGCGCAAGAUGACUACACAAUAAUCACCGGCGAGAUCCAGCCCAAGGACAGCUCGCCGAGCAAGCUCCUAGCCAACGUGCGCAUGGCUGGUCGCGAGGUGGCGCAAGCUUUCGGGCAGAUGACGGCCGACAUCUCGGGGAACGACUCGCUUUUCAAUACCCAGGCUGCUCACACGAUUGUCACGGAGGCCCUGGAAGCCGGCACCUCCUCUGAGGCUUUGGGGCGGCGCAUCUGGAAGUCAUUCGCCCCCGAAGACGGAGAGGCCCUUACGCAGAAAGACCUCGAGAAGGCGUUUCCCGCUGAUCAGCUUCGUGACGUCGAGGAGCUCUUCGCCCUGCUUGACGUGGACCAAAACGGGGAUAUUAGCCUGGACGAGAUGAUCUCGACGGUUGUUCGCAUUGGACAAGACCGCAUUGCCAUCUGGAAGAGCACUCAUGACAUCAAGUCGGCUGUACGGGUUCUCGACGGCUUCCUCCAGGUGUGUAUUCUGAUCGGUACCGGUCUCAUUUAUGCCGCCUUCUUCAGCAAUUCAUUUUCGAAGUACCUUACUACAAUCGGUACACAGCUCGGGGCUCUUGGAUUUGCCAUCUCCGGCACCGUCCAGGAGUUCUUGGGUUCGUGCAUCUUCCUGUUCGUGAAGCACCCCUUUGAUGUUGGCGACCGCGUCAAGAUCGAUAGUCAGGAGAUGACCGUGGAGAAGAUUUCGCUGCUGUAUUCUGUCUUCCGCAAGGUUGACUCCAACAAAACAACCCAAGUGCCCAAUAUCAACUUGAACAGCAUGUGGGUGGAGAAUAUCUCGCGGAGCGGGCCCAUGCGCGAGCGCAUCAACGUUCAGAUUUCGGCCAACACCAGCUUUGAUGAUAUCGAACGGCUGAGGAGGAAGAUCCGUGACGAGGUCAGAGCCCCAGAGAACCGUCGUGAUUUUCGAGAGGAUGUCGACGUUGAGCUCAUGUCCAUCAGCGACAUGAGCAAGCUUGAGGUCUACAUAGAGGCCGAGCACAAGUCGAACUGGAACAACGAGCACAUUCGCCGCUUGAGACGCAACAAGUUGAUGACCGCAGUUGUCUCUUCUCUGCGCGCCGUCGCCAUCAACGGACCGGGCGGAGGUGGCGUAACCCUAGGUGAUGAGGCAAGGCCAACGUACCAGGUCGUGAUGAGCGAGGAGACAGCUGCGGCUGCGAAACGGAAGCUACAAGAUGACAAGAACGCGCCAAAACCCCCGUCGGUGGUCUCGUCCGGCAUAGAUAAUGGCCCAGGAUCGUUCUUGGGGGUAGUGCGACGGACAUGA